AUGAUCCGUCGUAGGCCCCCGCAGGGCGUGGGCACGCAGCCGUGCGGCCCCGUGGACUUCAAGGUUCCGCUGGACAAGGACAACGAGCCGCGCAACAUCCUGGAGGAAAUCGUGUGGUACAAGGACAAGGAGAUCCGCGACUACCGCGAGCGCCUGCCCCCGCCGCUCCUCCAGGCCAUGAUCAAGGCCAACGAGACGGCCAAGCCCUCGCGCGACUUCUCCGGCGCGCUCCGGGACAUGCAGGCGCGCCUCGGCAAGCCGGGCCUCAUCGCCGAGGUCAAGAAGGCGUCCCCCUCCAAGGGCGUCAUCCAGCCGGACUUCGACCCCGUGCGCAUCGCCCAGGCCUACGAGGCUGGCGGCGCGGCAUGCCUCUCCGUGCUCACCGACGUCAAGUACUUCCAGGGCGGCUUCGAGAACCUCAAGAUGAUCCGCGAGGCCGGCGUGACGUGCCCGCUGCUGUGCAAGGAGUUCAUCGUCGACGCCUACCAGCUCAUGAUGGCGCGCGCGCACGGCGCGGACGCCGUGCUCCUCAUCGCCGCGGUGCUCCCGAACAAGGACCUGGAGUACCUGAUCAAGGUCGCGCGCACGCUCAAGCUGCAGUGCCUGCUCGAGGUGCACACGGUGCAGGAGAUGGAUCGCAUGAUGGCGCUCCCGAGUCUCGAGGGGUGCAUCCUCGGCAUCAACAACAGGGACCUGGGGACGUUCGAGGUGGACCUGGAGAACACGGCGCGGAUCAUGGAGAGCGAGAGCGGGCGGCGGGCGCAGGAGCAGGGCGUGAUGGUGGUGGGGGAGUCGGGGAUCUUUACGCCCGACCACCUCAAGUUCAUCCACGACGCCGGGUGCGGCGCCGCGCUCGUGGGCGAGUCGCUCGUGAAGCAGACCGACGCCGCGACCGGCAUCCGGAAACUCUACGAGCUCGAGUAG